AUGGACAGAGGAGCCUGGUGGGCUACAGUCCAUGGGGUGGCAAAGAGUCGGAGCCAACUGAGCAACAACAUUAACCGAAUAACCCACAUCAGAUGAAACAAUUAAGGGCUAAUAGUUAAAGGCCGCCAAGUAUAUUUCUGUCUAGCUCUUCUAAGGAUGGAGAUUAUUGGGCCUGUUUAAUAUGAAGCUUUGGUGUUUGGGAUGAUAAAAGCAAAUUCCUGUUUAUUGAAUUAUAUUUUAUGUUAAUUCUUCUUAUUAGUGAUCUAGGUGGAAGCAAGGCUAAUGAGUGGGUUUCAGUACCCUCUUAAGCUCCCAUAAUACAUCUUUAUUUUUAAAGUAGUUUAACACUGUCUUAUGGUUAUUCAUUUAUAUGUCAUGUCUUCUACUACACUAUAAGCCCUUUGAGGGUAGUGGUGUCAAAUUUAUCUAAUCAUCUCUAGUAUGUGCAACAUAGUAUGUACUCAGUAAAUAUUUGAGUAUUGGUAAUGAGAAUUACAGGUUCUGAGUAAGGUCCUCACCACUUUAAAAAUUGCUAUUCUAAUUCAUAUUUGAUCAUUAAAUAUAAGUUUUUAAAACUUGGAUUUUUUUUUGUUAAGUGUAAAAUUGAGAAAAAUUGAUGUUGGUGCCUUGUUAUUAAAAUAAAUUUCUCAUUGUUUAACUUUAUUCACAACAUACACAAGUACACAUAUUAGUAUAAUGAACCCUCAUGUAGUCUGCCCAGUUCUGACAAAAUCAUAUGUACUUCAAAUUAGGAUCCUCAUAAAUAUACCCCAUGUAUUUAUAGUGAAUUAUAGCAAAGUUGUGAAUUUGUGUCUAAAGUACCUCAAGUGAUGCACAUUUUAUGAAUUCUUGUUUUUGCCUUUUGGAAAGAGUUACAUUGAUGUAUUUUUUUAAUGCUUCAAAUAACAAAUCAAUCCUUUUACACUGAAUGUGAUAUAUAAAUCGCAUAGUACUGAUUGAAAAUAAAACCUUUUGAACUGGAAAAUUUUUUUUUAAGAAUUUCAUUUUUCGGCCAUGCCACGCAGCUGGAGGGAUCUUAGUUCCUUGACCAGGGAUCGAAUCCGGGCACUCAGCAGUGAAAGCAUGGAGUCCUAACCACUGGACUGCCAGGGAAUUCCCUGAGUUGGAAAUGAAUUCGGCAUGUUGACAGAGAGAAUUCCUCUUUGGGGAUUAGCGAUGAUGAACCAGGUUAUGACCUAGAUUUAUUUUGUAUACCCAAUCAUUAUGCUGAGGAUUUGGAGAGGGUGUUUAUUCCUCAUGGACUAAUUAUGGACAGGACCGAACGACUGGCUCGAGAUGUAAUGAAGGAGAUGGGUGGCCAUCACAUCGUGGCCCUCUGCGUGCUCAAGGGGGGCUAUAAGUUCUUUGCCGACCUGUUGGAUUACAUCAAAGCACUGAACAGAAAUAGUGACAGAUCCAUUCCUAUGACUGUAGAUUUUAUCAGACUGAAGAGCUACUAUAACGACCAGUCAACAGGCGAGAUAAAAGUAAUUGGUGGAGAUGAUCUCUCAACUUUAACUGGAAAGAAUGUCUUGAUUGUCGAAGAUAUAAUUGACACUGGGAAGACAAUGCAAACUUUGCUUUCCUUGGUCAAGAAGCAUAAACCAAAGAUGGUCAAGGUUGCAAGCUUGCUGGUGAAAAGGACCCCUCGAAGUGUUGGAUAUAGACCAGACUUUGUUGGAUUUGAAAUUCCAGACAAGUUUGUUGUGGGAUAUGCCCUUGACUAUAAUGAAUACUUCAGGGACUUGAAUCAUGUGUGUGUCAUUAGCGAAACUGGAAAAGCAAAAUACAAAGCCUAAGAUGAGAGUUCGAGUUGAGUUUGGAAAUACCUGGUGUCCCAUUGAAAUCACCAGUGACAUGAUCCGAUGUUCUCGUUCUGUGGCCAGCUGCUUAGUAGAGCUUAUUGCAUGUAUCUCCUAAGAAUUUGAUCUGUUUUGUAUUUUAGAAAUGUCAGUUGCUGCAUUCCCGAACUCUUCAUUUGCACUAUGAGCCUAAAGACUAUCAGUUCCCUUUGGGUAGAUUGUUGUUUGACUUGUGAAUGAAAUAUCUCUUAAACCACACCACUAUUGACUGAAAAUAUGGAAAUUGUAUCUGUAAGAAACAUUUAAAGAGAAGAAUAUAUUAGUUUUUUAAUUGGUAUUUUAAUUUUUAUAUAUUCAGGAAAGAACAGAAGUGAUUGAAUAUUGUUAACUAUACCACUGUGUGUUUAGAAAGGUAGCAAGCAGUCAGUUUCGUAUCCAUGACAGCACUUAGAGGUAUUGUUAUGUCAGAGAAACCGUAUGUCCUGGAACUUUUUUAGUAGGUUUCAGUAGUAUUAACUAUAUUUUCUUGCUUGUUCAGAUUAUUUCUGGUGAAUCUUUGUCAACAGUUCCUUUUCAAUACAGGUCAGUAAGUUCCAAAAACCUACCACUUUUUGAAUUCUUCAAUGUAAAAAUCCUUCAAAUAAAAGCUGUCUCUUUAAAGGAAA